AUGGAGCUUUCUCAUGCUGCCGAGAUCUCGAAAGACAAGCCUUUCGACACGACAGUCGCCAGUCACGACAUCCAAGAAGGCUCUUUUGCCGAAAAGCAAAAGUAUGACCGCAAGAACGUCGACGAUGCUCUGGCAAUUUACGACUUGGAUGUCUCUCCUGGUGAUGUCGAGGCAGUAGAUCUACGAAGGCUGGUCUGGAAGAUAGACUUGCGGCUUAUGCCGAUUAUGUUCUUCGCUACCACCCUCUUCACCAUGGACAAGGCCACGUUGUCGUACUCGUCAAUCAUGGGCCUUCGACGAGACACUCAUCUCACCUGUGACGAGUAUGCCUGGGUGGGAUCGGUCUUCUCUCUUGGGUAUCUCGCGGCCAACCUGCCGUGUGCAGUCAUCAUACAGCGUCUUCCAUUGUCCAAGUGGAUCGUCGUGACAAUGUCCAUUUGGGGUGUUAUCCUUGCGUGCACAGCGGCAGCCAAAUAUUACAGCCAAUUGGUGGCCAUUCGCGUGCUUCUUGGCAUCUUCGAGGCUUCUAUCACCCCCGUCUUCGUCUUAAUGACCGGCAUGUGGUACACUCCAUCUGAACAGGCCAUCCGUCUGGGUCUGUGGUACUCUGGUCUCGGCAUGGCAACACUCAUCGGCUCACCAAUAGCGUACGCCAUCACCGGACGAGAGAAGAUUGGUGUACUAUCUUCCUGGCAAUUUCUGUACGUCAUCUUCGGUGUCAUCACCGUAGUAGUAGCCAUCGUCUUCCUCUUCGUGGUUCCAGACAGCCAACUCUCAGCUCGGUUCCUGACUCCAGCAGAGCGUGUUGCGGCCGUGGAGAGAAUUCGCGUGAACCAGCAAGGCAUUGGCAACCGCCACUUCAAGUGGUACCAGGCGCGCGAGGUUCUCUUGGACCCAAGAACGUAUCUGUACUUUGCAGUCCAGCUCGUGUAUAAUAUCGGCUUCGGUGCGGUAUCGACUUUCUCGUCGUUGCUGCUUGUAUCUUUGGGGUUCGACAACAGACAGGCCCUGAUAUAUACGAUGCCGCAUGGCGCUACUACCAUUGUAGCUAUGCUGUUGUUCUGUGUUCUGGCGGCGAAGAUGAACGAUCGUACUCUGUGGGCGGGUUUGUCGUGCCUGGGAGGGGCUGUCGCUGGCUUGUGCCUUUAUGGUCUGAACGACAGCAAGCACGCUGCCCUUGCGGCAUUCUACUUUCAGCACAUCUGCACUCCGGCGUACAUCCUUAGCUUCAGCCUUGUUUCUGUCAACACCGCAGGGCACACAAAGAAAGUCUUGACAAAUGCCGUUCUCCUCCUUGGAUCAACCAGUGGCACGCUCACGGGCCCUCAGGUCACCAAGAAUGACCCAUCAUAUACCAAAGUCAAGCUGGUAAUGUGGCUCUGUCCACUGAUCUCGCUGGUACUCUUUGCUGCCAUUCUAGUGCUCAACAUCUAUGAGAAUCGCCAACGAGACAAGCGAGGCUCCGAGCAUGUAAUUGAUCGAGAGUUCUUGGACCAGACGGACAGAGAGAAUCCUGAGUUUCGUUAUCUCUUGCGUUGGGUGGUGUGA